GGUAAGAAUUGAACAACAAUCUUGACAAGUGGGUAACUACUGACGGUAAUAACUAACGAUUCAUCAGCCAUGUCGUAGAUUGUCAUAUCUUUUAUGAAAGAUGCACUAAAGUACUGCAAAUGUCACUUUUGUUUUAAUUUUUUGUCUAUUUGUAUUUUUAAAAAAUAACUGACUCUCAUCAUGGUUGACACAACCUAUUUUCGAUCAAACAGCUAAAAAUGUCUUAACAUAAACGAACAACUCUUUCGGCAUCCUUCAAAAUUUCAUAAAUAAUGAUAUCUGACUAAAUCUAAAUGGCACUUGUCUCGCAUAGCCAUACUAAUAUUCAAAUUACUUUAAACUUUAUUUAAACUAAGUCAAAAUUUUGUGGAUUCAAUUAUCGAAAUUAAAGAUAAAAAUUUCAAAGUAACGAGCAUGUCGAAAUCUGGAGAAAUAGUUACCGUAUUCGUGGGUCAAGCCGGGACUCAAAUAGCGAACGCGUGCUGGGAAUUAUUUUGCCUGGAACACGGAAUCAGACCUGACGGUUUUGUCUAUCAGGGCUUCGAAGUUGUAGACAAAUCCUUCCACACUUUCUUCGCACCUUCCCAGAUUGGCAAACUAACGCCCAGAACGGUAAUCGUAGACUUGGAACCAACGGUAAUCGACGAGAUUCGUACAGGUGCUUAUAGAUAUCUUUUUGACCCGUCGUGUCUGAUUACCGGCAAGGAGGAUGCCGCCAAUAAUUUCGCAAGAGGUUAUUACUCAAUCGGCCAGGAAGCCAUUUACUUGGUCUUGGAUAGAAUUCGCAAGGUUGCUGAAGCUUGUUCAAAGCUCGCCGGUUUUAUUGUCUUCCGAUCUUUUGGCGGAGGAACGGGAAGUGGAUUUACAACCCUCCUGCUCGAGCAUCUCACGUCUGAUUACGGGAAAAGGACAAAAUUAGACUUUGCUGUAUAUCCUGCGCCAAAUAUAUCCACAGCAGUUGUUGAACCUUAUAAUUCGGUCCUCACUACUCAUGGUACUCUGGAUUACGAAGAUUGUUGCUUCGUCGUAGACAACGAAGCACUCUAUGAUAUUUGUGCUAGAAACUUAGAUGUCACCAGACCCACCUAUACGAACUUGAAUAGACUAAUGGCACAGGUGGUGUCCAGCAUAACGGCGUCACUGAGAUUCGAUGGCGCAAUUAAUGUCAAUCUCGAUGAAUUCCAGACGAAUCUAGUUCCUUAUCCGAGAAUUCAUUUUCCUUUAGUAACAUAUUCACCCAUUGCAACAGCGCAGAGAGUUAUGAACACGCAGAUGUCAGUCUCACAAAUUACGUAUGAAUGUUUCGAGCCAGCAAAUCAGAUGGUGAAGUGCGAUCCACGAAUGGGAGGCUACAUGAGUUGCUGUCUUCUCUAUAGAGGAGACGUUAAUCCAAACGAAGUAAAUCGAUCCAUUGCGUCCCUAAAGGGCAUGAGAAGUAUACGCUUUGUAGAUUGGUCCCCUACAGGAUUUAAGGUUGGAAUCAAUUAUCAACCUCCGCUUACUGUCCCGGGUGGAGACCUGGGAAAGACUAUGAGGUCGGUUGUGAUGCUCAGUAAUAAUACAGCUAUCAGACAUGCUUGGGCCAAAAUUGGUCAUAAGUUUGACUUGAUGUACAAGAAGAGGGCCUUUGUCCAUCAUUACGUAGGGGAAGGAAUGGAGGAGGCUGUAUUUCAGGACGCGCGGGAUGACAUGGCCGCUCUUAUUCAAGACUACAAGGAAGUAGAAAGCUGAUACCUCUAUUAUCAUCUCUCCCGUUUUAAUUUGACGUACCACCUAAACACAGUCUAUAUUAAUAUUUAUAAUGCCGUCUGAAAUAAUCCAGUGCAAUAAUCGAGCUCGCUGUUCUUUUCCACACUGUAAUAUUCCAGGCCGUCAAAAUAAUCGCAUAUUAUAUAAAUAUGACCACGAACUCUGAAGUGGGGCGAUUAAAAAAUUUAGAGGGGGCGAUACAUGUAUUUCACUAUACGAGAGGAUCGGAUAAAUCAACAUGAUAAUAGCUACUUAAGCUUCUUACAAGAACCUUUUGAUCAUCCGCAAACAUCAUGUACCAUGGGCCAAUUUCAAUGCCGUUUGAUUCAUCGUCUGGCCAAGCAAUCUCCGUUUUCAAAAGAUCAUGUCAAAAUACUGGAAGUCGAUAACGACGUGGCAAACUUUCCGAACCCAAGUGACUUUCUCUACUGGUCCAAUUGGUCUUGAUGAUUUUUCAAAGCCUCCGAGCUUUCUCUGGAAAAGAAUAAAGUGAAAGGAAACAGUCGUUAUUAUGCCAGCAGAAUGACUAUAACGAUGACCCCAGCGAAGAAACAAAUGACAAAGAACAGUCAUGCCGUUUAUGAUUACAGUACGAUGAUAUCACGGUGUCAAUAAUGCACUGGGACUUUGGGCUAGUGUCCUCAGAUACACUGAAUGGCUGGUACAAUACUCAACUUUUUGAUAUCAAGAUAAGAAUGCCUCCUCCGUGCUCUCUGGCAGUCCCGCGAAGUCACCGUGAUUCCAUUACAUGCAAGUUUCACGUGAAGAUCAACCAUGAAUUCUUGGCACCACCGCUGCUCCCUGUGUCGAGUGCGACAAGAUCAUUUUUUUAAAUUCACGUCAAUUGCCAUACGUGACCUCCUGAACCUGUAAUCAUAUGGAUCAAUCAUACGGCUACUUUGUAAUUAAUGAGAAUCAUAAUAGCCCCGCUGAUCAACGAUUUGAAUCUUUUAUUUAUUUUCAAAUUCUAUUCAAGAAUUUUAUAUAUUAUUACAAAUUACUUUAGUAAUUAUAACUGAUGUGUGCGACUCUUUAUUAUCAUUCUGCUUUGUAUCUGCAAAUGCCUUAUUUCUGAUGCGUUCACAAUGCACGCCAGUGGCUCGUGAUUCCUUUAAGAGGAAGAAGUACGUGGUUACUGAACGAUGUACGUAGCUUAAAGAAGUAAAAUGCAACUAGAUUGAGUUUCAUGACUAAUUGUGAAAAACUCUCUUGUUACGACGUAGAAGCAUCUUGGUCCAGGCAUUAAGAAUUCCAAGCAGCCAUGCAUUGAGCACGCGCAUCAUUGUCAGUGUAAACAGAUACAACUUGCUGUAAUGUAGUAGAGACGCAAUAUCGUACAAAGAGUAAUUGUUAUCAUACGAAGAUGAUGUAAUUAACGUUUCUCACAAUUUUGAUACUCGGACGUCAAUCGAUCUCGAUGACGAACAAAGUCACGAAUUGCGUUACUUAUUUGUUAGCUAUUUGUUUCAAUAGUAAAAUUGCGUACAGAGUCUUUAUUAUAUCAGAUUACAAGAACAGUUUUCGAGACGCAUAAAUUCAAAUCUAUAUUAUAUCAUAGUAUUAUUAAUCGAAUAUAGUGUAUACCGAUUGCACAAGUGUCGCGUGUAUCAGUUUAUUAAUCUAAAUUCCAAUUACUGGAAACUUAAAAAUCUUUGUUCUUACCCGCGCGAACUCCUCGUCCCCUCCUUGCUUUCGCUACAAUCGUUUAGACUGCUUAGGGUAUCUGGGAGGCGGCGUGGAGCAUUGUGAGUGACGUGAGACGUUCAUUAUCGUGUCUCGUGACGUCGAAUUUAUCGUAUAAAACACCCCAGAGGUUCGAAAAUUCUUCAGUACCACUGUUCACUCGACACCGAUACGAAUGAAGAACACUUAGGAGUACUCUUCAACUUUUUUAAAAAUUCGACAUCAGAACCAUCAGGUUCUAUUCCAACGUCUUGUCAUUUCGUCCUGUGUGAACUAGAAGUUACUCGCAAAGAUGCUGAUCGGUGGUGCUGUAAGCUACGUCGCUGGAAAGCAGGCGGUUCGCACUGUCUACUGGAGAACUGGGGGCAAUGGACGUCUUCUUAAGACAGCCAAGACCUGCAUGUUCCAAGGGCCGCCAAAACCAGCGCCAUCCUCGACCUCUGCAUUGGUUCUUCCAUCCUUUUCUGCUCAGUCAGCAGUACCUAGAGUGAUUUUCUCAACUAAGAACUAAACUGUCAUUUUCAUACUGAGACUCAUUUGAAGAUGUAUAAAAUGUUGAGCCUUGUACAUAAUUAUUAGAGAAUAAGUUCUCCAAAUUGUGUGAAAUGACAUGACAUUGGAAUAAACCGGAUAUUUAUUUUCA